GUUGCUCGGUGUAAACAAUAUGGCGGCCCUUCAAAACGACAAAACACCGACACGUUUGUUUCUUCAUUUUUGAUAUGGAUAAAAAUAAUAGUGCAAAGCAGACUAAUAAAAAAAUACCAAUGGGAUCGGAAAAAGCGAAAAAAUCAGCUGGCAAAAAGAAGAAGAAGAAUAAAAAGCCUUUAAAAAAUGAUCAGAGUCCAGAUAUUUUGGAAGUGGAAGGUUUACGUGCACUUGAACAAACAGAACUGGAAUCAGACUGCUCCGCAAGUCGCCAGGCAGGUUCAGGAGCAGGUUCAGUAGAUUCUCCGGUCAGUGGUCAUCACUCGUCACCAACACUCUCGGUGAAAUCUUCAAUUUUACAGGAAUCAGACACACAGAUCACUACCAUACGUUCACAAAAUGAUAAAAUAAAUAGUGACUUAGUAAAAAAUUCUAAAUCCUCAGUUUUAGCGUCGGCAAGGAAAUUUUCUCUUGACACUCCAGUUGGUGGAACUUUAAAACACACACAGUCGGCAAGUGUCCUUAGUACAUCCGAACCUGUACUCAGAAAAAAUACUGUUUCAUUUUCAAAUUUCGAUGAAAUUUCAUCAAUAAACACCAGUCUUUCAACAAUGUCUGUGAAGUCUAAAAAUGGUGCCCAAAAGGGUAAAACGAAAACUGGUACCAAAACUUCUUCGAGUGGUGCUACAAAACGAGAACGAGAAAAAACUAUGAAAAUUGAUCCGCAAAAAAGCGCUAUAAAUAAAGCCGCCGAGGAGGCAGCGAGAAUUCGAAGUGAAGAAAGUUUGCGAUGGGAAUUCAAGCUAGACGAUGAAGAUCAAGAGUUGGAAAGAAUACGAGUUUAUAAAAUCAAUCGUAGAAAGCGUUACCUUGCCGCGGCUCAAGAAAAAGGUCUUGGCUGGGUUGUUAAUUAUGGGAAUAAUGGUUCCCCAUUAGUAGAUGAAUCUGUAAUGGAAGUAAAUGAUAGGGAACCAGUUCAUACCAGUGUGACAGACUUUAGUCCCGUUAGAAAUAUUCUUGCUAGUCAACGGAAUACACCAAUGAACUUAGGUGGAGAAAUAGCAUGCUAAAUAGAUUGCCUAUUAUAGAUAUAGUUAAGUCGGUGGUAAUGACUCUUGGUUAAUGACAUUCUGAAGUAAACAAUUGUCUCUGAAGACCUGAUCCAUGAAUAAGAAGUAUGUUAGAUAAGCCAUUUAUAGGGUAUUUAUGCAAAUAGAUCUUACAGAUUAGCUUUUAAUUACCGAUCAUUAACCGAAGUCAUUGAAAGUAAGUAUAAUAGCAAAAGAAAUUGUCAACACAUAAAAGUAAUUAUAGCUUAAGGGACAUUCUACAUGGAAAUGGUUGAAAAUAAAAUUGGCAAAAAAAAGGUUUAUAUUAUAAUUAUUAUUGAAAAAAACAGGAACAAACUAAAAAAUUCAGUUGAAAAUUAAUUUGUUAUAAAAUGCAUGUAAAUUUACAACAUAAUUUUUAAAUGUUAGGAUUUAAAGGAACUCCACUGAAGUCCAAAAGCCUAAAUUCAUAUAUUUGAAUACAUAUUUUGUACAUAAAUCAACUCGGAUAUUUUUAAAUAAAAACAUUAUGCAAAAGAAAGUAAAGAAAUGCACUCAGAAAUACAUUUAUUUUUAGCUCAAUUUCUUUGUUGCAAUGCUUUUCAAUUUUGGGUCAUUUUUCACAAGAAGAAUAGUUAUUUUGGGAAAAUAGUUACUGAAUGAUCUGAAAUUUUACACACAAGUAAUUGACCUAGACCUACAUCAAAUGGAGCAUUAAUCUCCAAAAGUUAUUCCCAAGUCCUGUCAUGUCCAAAAACCUCAGUGGAGUCCCUUUAAGAUGUUAUGUUGAUUACAUUGUGUGUCAAUAUGUUUAGCUAUUUAAACUGCCUCCUUUUUUCUUGUUUUGAUGUUCUAUGCACAUUAUCAUUGCUUC